UCUGCUUUCACUCUUCCCACAUUCUCCUCCUGUCUGCUCCGCAGCGCUGCUGCUGACCCAGGAUACCGAUUCAAUUUGUCAUUUGAAACAGGAUGAAAGCCAAUUUUUGUGUCGUUCUUCCCACAUGUUCCUUCCUUCUGUUUCUUCUGCCAGGGGGCUCCUCUUCAGAUGCAGAGCACAAGCUCUUCUCUGUGAUAUUCUCCAACUACAACCAGUACAUCCGACCGGUGGAAAAUGUGACCGACCCAGUCGUUGUACAGUUCGAGGUAUCCAUGUCACAGCUAGUCAAAGUGGAUGAAGUCAAUCAGAUCAUGGAGACAAAUCUGUGGCUGAGACAUAUCUGGAAUGACUACAAGCUCAGAUGGAAUCCAAGGGAUUUUGGAGGCGUCGAGUUUAUCCGAGUGCCGUCAAACAAAAUAUGGAAGCCAGACAUUGUGCUUUACAACAAUGCUGUCGGAGAUUUCCAAGUCGAUGACAAAACAAAAGCCCUGCUUCGUUACAAUGGUGAUGUUACCUGGAUCCCUCCAGCUAUAUUCAAGAGCUCCUGCAAGAUCGACGUCACUUACUUCCCCUUCGACUACCAAAACUGCACCAUGAAGUUUGGCUCUUGGACAUACGACAAGGCAAAGAUCGAUCUGGUGCUAAUUGGCUCAACCAUCAACCUAAAGGACUUCUGGGAGAGCGGCGAGUGGACGAUCAUCGACGCCCCUGGUUACAAACACGACAUCAAGUACAACUGCUGCGAGGAAAUCUACACGGAUAUCACUUACUCUUUGUACAUCCGCCGUCUACCACUUUUCUACACUAUCAACAUGAUCAUCCCCUGCCUUCUUAUCUCCUUCCUCACUGUGCUCGUCUUCUACCUGCCAUCUGAUUGCGGGGAGAAAAUCACUCUGUGCAUCUCUGUCCUGCUGUCUUUAACUGUCUUCCUCCUCGUCAUAACAGAGACCAUCCCCUCCACCUCGCUAGUCAUCCCCCUGAUUGGCGAGUACCUCCUCUUCACCAUGAUCUUUGUCACCCUCUCUAUUGUCAUCACUGUUUUUGUGUUGAACGUCCACUACCGCACACCAAAGACCCACACUAUGCCCUGCUGGGUGCGGACUGUGUUCCUUGGGCUGUUGCCCAAGGUGAUGUUCAUGACCAGGCCAGAGAGGGACCCCGAGACGGUGGCAGUGACCAGCAGUGUUCAGACGGUGCAUUCAAGGCCCUGUGCCAAGCAUUCAUCAGGUACUUUGCAGAAGCAGCACAAACCUCAGGCCCUCGUUUCUAGUGUGGUGUCCAGCCUGACAAACCGCCAACGGAUUAUCAACAACACAGAGCUCUCCAACCUCAAUAACUUAAGUGGAGAACCAACCAAAGGUGCAGGUUCUGUGUUUUUGUGCUGCGAGGGCCGUUCCAACCGUUGCUGGCACCAGAGAUCCAGCAAACUGCCCGCAGAUUCUGGGGGAGGGAGCAGAGGACUGGGCAACCUGGGGGCGCUGAUUGGAGGCAGUGCUGUCGAGACUGGAGGCGAGAGUCAAUGCUCCAGCUCAGAGUCUCUAGAUGGAGGAAAAAUGUCCCUGUUGCCACUCUCCCCUGAGGUCAGGGAGGCUAUUGAGAGUGUCAAAUACAUAGCAGAGAACAUGAGACUUCAGAAUGAAGCAAAAGAGGUUCAAGAUGACUGGAAGUACGUUGCCAUGGUGAUCGACAGGAUUUUCCUUUGGGUUUUUAUCCUUGUGUGCAUCCUGGGAACAGCUGGCCUCUUCCUCCAGCCUCUAUUACUUUGGGAUGACAUUUGAAAUAGUUUGAUAAAACAAAUACCGCUACUUCAAUUCUGUCAAACGGCACGGCAUUCGUUACUUAUGAGAUUCUCUCCAUCGCUCCGGACAAUGCAGAGUGGAUCAAAGUCAAGAAGAAAAGAUGACUGUGUCGGCCAAAUGUUGAGGCAAAUGUAUUAGUGACUGUGUUUUCACAGAUUAGAUGAUUUCUGUGCGAGGAAGUGGUUUUAGGACCCUCCAAUGCAGAGGACAUGGUGAACAAACAAUUGUAAAGAUCAUGGUAGUUACUUAAUUGUGUAUACACUAGUUCUGCAUUAACCACUACAUCACCAGAAAGCUAUUUUUUUUUUAAUUGCUAGUAUGUUUUAUAACAAGAAAAUCUUGAACAUAUUUGAAUGUUAAGUCUUCAUUAAGUGCCAUCUCAAAUUAAUACAUGUACUAUGGAGAAAA